GAGAACGGGAAGUUCCCACAGGUGCGCCAAUCAGAUCGCUUCUGUAUCAGGUGCACUGGUAGCCUCAUCACCAAAAAGGAAGGCAACUACAAGUUCUUCUUGAGCUCCGACGAUGGCUCCCUCCUGUACCUGAACGGCAAGAAGGUGGUCGACAACAACGGCUGCCAUGCGGACCAGGAGAGACACAGCAGCGACAUUCAGCUAAAGCCUGGAGCUCACGAGCUCGCCGUGGACAUGUGCGAGAUGGGCGGCGGCGAGGUCCUGAAGAUGCGAUACAAAGGGCCGGACACUGGCGGCUCUAAGGUUACCAUCCCAGAAACGGCUCUGAAGUACAAGGAGGAGGUGGAUGGACCAGACUUUGCCAAGUUCAACGACGGCCUUGUGGCUUGGUUCAGAAGCGAGAAGGCUGCAAAGGCUUGGCCAAACGAAGUGAAGGGUGGUGCGGCAGCACAGGCGCCUGAUGCGACUGUGAAGACGGAGAGCGGACACGGCGCCAAGGGCAAGGUCAAGUUCAUCUCGGGCAACACUGGCGUCAAGGUUGACUUCGGCCCGAUCCUGAAAAAUGACUACACCGUCUGCUCGGUUGCUCGCUAUACCGGAGGCAGCAAAGGUCGCAUUCUCGACUGCAACAAUAAGAAUUGGCUGCACGGGCAUUGGGCCAGCCAAGUGGGAGUCGCACACUACCAGCACUGGAACACCAACAGCCGUCGCAAUGGUGGGAACGAAGACUGGUUGGUGAUUUGCGGAAGCGACGGCAAGCAGGUCUACUUGGGCAGCAAUCCGGACAAGAACAUUGCCAACAACAAUGGCAAAGCAUUCGGAGGAGGAGAGCAUAGGCUUGUCACCAACCGCCGGGAGAAAUCGGACUUUGCCAUCAUGGAGGUCAUGGUUUGGAAGCGAAAGCUGACCCAUAAAGAAAUGAAGGCCACUAUGAAAUAUUUGAACGACAAGUUAGACAACGGCAUUGACCUGUCAGGAGAACUUGAGCAUGGCAUGGUGGCUUGGUUCAAGAGCGAAAACGCCGCGAAGGCUUGGCCCAACGAAGUAAAGGGCGGUGAAGCGGCACAGGCACCUGAUGCGACUGUGAAGACGGAGAGCGGACACGGCGCCAAGGGCAAGGUCAAGUUCAUCUCCGGCAACACAGGCGUCAAGGUUGACUUCGGCCCGAUCCUGAAGAAUGACUACACCAUCUGCUCGGUUGCCCGCUAUACCGGAGGCAGCAAAGGUCGCAUUCUCGACUGCAACAACAAGAAUUGGCUGCACGGGCAUUGGGCCAGCCAAGUGGGAGUCGCACACUACCAGCACUGGAACACCAACAGCCAUCGCAAUGGUGGGAACGAAGACUGGUUGGUGAUAUGCGGCAGUGACAACCGCCAGGUCUACCUGGGCAGCAAUCCGGACAAGAACAUCGCCACCAAUAAUGGCAGAGCAUUCGGUGGAGGGGAACAUAGGCUUGUCACCAACCACCGGGAGAAAUCGGACUUUGCAAUCAUGGAGGUCAUGGUCUGGGAUCGGAAGCUACCUCAUGCGCUGAUGAAGGAAGCCAUGAAGUACUUGAACGACAAGCUCGAGAACGGUAUUGCGCAAGUGCCAGCGCAAAAUGGCCUGGUCGCCUGGUUCAAGAGUGAGAAUGCUGCCAAGAAUUGGCCCAACGAAGUAAAGGGCGGUGAAGCGGCACAGGCACCUGAUGCGACUGUGAAGACGGAGAGCGGACACGGCGCCAAGGGCAAGGUCAAGUUCAUCUCCGGCAACACAGGCGUCAAGGUUGACUUCGGCCCGAUCCUGAAGAAUGACUACACCAUCUGCUCGGUUGCCCGCUAUACCGGAGGCAGCAAAGGUCGCAUUCUCGACUGCAACAACAAGAAUUGGCUGCACGGGCAUUGGGCCAGCCAAGUGGGAGUCGCACACUACCAGACCUGGAACACCAACAGCCGUCGCAAUGGUGGGAACAAAGACUGGCUGGUGAUUUGCGGAAGCGACGGCAAGCAGGUCUACUUGGGCAGCAAUCCGGACAAGAACAUUGCCACUAAGACUGGCAGAGCAUUCGGUGGAGGAGAGCAUAGGCUUGUCACCAACCGAAGGGAGAAGUCGGACUUUGCCAUCAUGGAGGUCAUGGUUUGGAAGCGGAAGCUCGCCCACAAAGAAAUGAAGGACGCGAUGAACUAUUUGAAUGCCAAGCUGGAGAAUGGUAUUGCAUAA